AUGGUCCAACUUCCCAACGAAAUCAUAAUCGCCAUUGGUCGGUACCUUACCCGACACUCGAUCCUUAACUCAGUAAUGGUGUGCCAUCAAUGGCAUCAAGUACUGGGACCCUUCCUAUGGUCCUUCAUUUUCAAGAAGGCAUGGCACCACCCUCGCUUCGCUAUCAAGUUCUACUCAGCCAGAAGCGAUUCCAGUUUGGCUCCCUACCUCCACCACGUCAAACUCUUCGAAUGGCACAACAACCACUCUUUGAUUUCCAGAAGAGCAAUCUCCGAGAGCCAAGCUCGAGACCAAAUCCCGACCGUCAGACUAGGGCUCCUUAUCUCCAUGAUGUCAAACCUUGACAUCUUACUGCUCCGAGCUGAAUCUCAGGGAGCCGACUCUGCUCUUUUCGAGGCGAUGCGCGGUCUCCAGCACCUCAGGGUCCUUAAGGUCAACAUCCACGAAGGCGAUGAGGACCUGGUCCCUAUUGAGAGCAUGUUCCCACUCUUUUCUCGCCUUGACGAACUCUGCCUCGAAGGAUCCUGGUACCGGCGCGAAAACAUCCCAGUCCUUGGUCUGAACGCGGCCGAAAAAUGGAAAAUGAAAAGACUGACCGUCAGCCCUCAAGACGCGCGGCUGGCCCGCCACUGCCCAGACUUGGAGCACCUUCGCCUUCUCCCGCGGGUCCUCUCGAUGAAGGGGAAGAUGGGAGCCCUAUCGAAUUUGAUGAUGUGGGAACUGCUGGCUCCGGGAGGCCUCAAGGGUCUAAUUGUUCAUGCUCGUUUGUUGAAGAGGUGCUUCGCCUUCAAAAUCCAUGACGCUGACGGUGUCCAUUCCGAAAGGCCACAUAAGGUGCUGAGUCCCGAGAAAAAGUAG